ACAACAGCAACCAUUCUAAUACUCCUUUCUCAACUUCCAGAAGUUUCUUUUCCCAUCUAUAAAGUCUAGGUGAAGGAUUUGGUGCCUGGGAAGUCGACGUACCCGAGAGGUUGUAGAGAGGUUUUUCAGGAGCUCUGAGAGGUUGUAAACUUACCUCUAAAAUCAUGUUGGCAUCAAACGUGCUUCUCCUGUGCCUAUUGGCCACUGUGAGCGCAAACAAGACCCUGAGCAGCAUUGCAACCACGCUAGCCGACAACAGCGCCACACUGGCCUUCAACCUGUAUCAAAACAUGGCGAAAGAGAAGGACAUCGAGAACAUCCUGAUUUCCCCAGUGGUAGUGGCCUCGUCACUGGGUCUGGUGGCUCUUGGAGGAAAGUCCAACACUGCUUCUCAGGUCAAAACUGUAUUGAGCGCCACUUCAGUGAAGGAUGAGCAACUCCAUUCUGGGCUUUCGGAGCUCCUCACCGAGGUCAGCAACCCAAAGGCACGUAAUGUCACCUGGAAGAUCAGCAACCGCUUCUACGGGCCCAGUUCUGUUAGCUUCGUUGAUGACUUUCUGAAGAGCAGCAAGAAGCAUUACAAUUACGAACACUCCAAAAUUAACUUCCGCGACAAACGCAGCGCAGUGAAAGCCAUUAACGAUUGGGCUUCAAAGUCUACUGAUGGAAAGCUGCCGGAGGUGACCAAAGAUGUGGAGAAGACAGAUGGAGCCAUGAUCAUCAAUGCCAUGUUUUAUAAACCACACUGGAAUGAGCAGUUUCAUCAUAAAAUGGUGGACAAUCGUGGUUUCUUAGUGCACCGGUCAUACACCGUCUCCGUACCCAUGAUGCAUCGCACAGGCAUUUAUGGCUUCCUUGAUGACACAACCAACAAACUUUUAGUUCUGGAAAUGCCGCUGGCCCAUAAGAUGUCAUCUUUAGUCCUCAUCAUGCCAUACCACGUAGAAUCACUGGAAAGAGUGGAGAAACUGCUGACACGUCAACAACUGAACACCUGGGUCAGUACAAUGGAACAGACAGCAGUAGCAGUUUCUCUCCCAAAGGUCAGCAUGGAGGUCAGCCACAACCUGCAGAAACAUCUCGGUGAACUGGGUCUUACUGAAGCUGUGGACAAGGCCAAGGCUGAUCUGUCCAACAUCUCAGGGAAGAAAGACCUCUAUUUGUCCAAUGUUUUCCAUGCCUCGGCCAUGGAGUGGGACACAGAGGGAAAUCCACCUGAUACUAGCAUCUUUGGUACUGACAAGCUGAAAAAUCCCAAACUCUUUUACGCCGACCAUCCUUUUGUCUUCCUGGUGAAGGACAACAAGACAAACUCCAUUCUUUUCAUGGGCAGGCUGAUCCGACCGAAGGGUGAUAAAAUGAGGGAUGAAUUGUAGCUUUGGUAAUUUAAAUGCGAGUGUAUGUGGGAGUGUGUGCAGAUUUGUGGAUGUGUGUAAAUGGUACACCUGAGUUUGUUCCAUCUGUGGACACCUUGUGCUAUCUUUUAAUCUUUAAACUAGUGCUGUCAAACAAUUAAUCGCAUCCAAAAUACACGUUUGUAUUUACAUUAUGUGUGUGUACUCACACAUUUACAUAUAUAUUUAUACAUAA